AUGUUCCCGUUCGGGAGGCACGAGAUCGCGACGCGCGAGAUGGCGACGCGAUGGGCGGGGGACGAGGUCGUCUACGACGUCGUCGAGCGCCUCCGAGACACGAUGGAACGAUGGCGCGAGGAGGACGAGCUCCGAGGCGGCGGCGAAGACGACGCGAACGCGGAGGAGGAGGAGGAGGACGGCGACGACGAAGAUGACGCGGCGGAGGAGGAGGAGGAGACGGGGGACGUGUGGGACGCGGACGCGCUCGAGGCUGAGCUCGCGGCGCUCGCGCUCGAGCGCGCGUCGAACGAUCGCGAUCACCGCGGACGACGACGCGGCGCCGGCGACGACGGCGAUGGCGACGGCGACGCCGCUCUGAUGGGGUGGACCGAGGACGACGUCGAGGCGCGCAUCGUGCACGGCACGCCGUUCACGGAGAAGAAGAGCACGUUCCAGGCGCACCUCGUGACGGGCGUGACGGACCCAAAUCUCGUGGACGUCGUGAUGAGCGCGUUGCGACGCGACGGCAAAGUCGCGCGCGCGACGCACAACAUCAUGGCCUAUCGGAUCAAACUCCCGAACGGCACGCACGCGGCGGACCACGACGAGGACGGCGAGAGCGCCGCGGGAGGGCGGCUGCUUCGGUUGCUUCACGUCACGGACGCGACGGACGUGUGCGUCGUCGUGACUCGGUGGUACGGCGGGAUUCACCUCGGCCCGGAUCGGUUCAAGCACAUCAACAACGCCGCGCGCGAUCUGCUCGUCGCGUGCGGCGUGGUCAAGGGGUAGGGGGUAGGGGGUAGGGGGUAGGGGUUUAGGUUUAGGUUUAGGGUUCGUAGCGCACGCGUCGACGUGGGUGGUAUGUACAACGCGAGACACGGACGACCGACGUGCUCCUGAUCUCGCGACGCGACGCUAAUCAGCGAAUUCAGCGACCGCGGCUUCGGCUUCGGCUUCGACUGCGACUGCGACUGCGGCGUCUCCCUCCGCCGCCGCCGCCCGAAGAGUCGUCGUGCGAAAACCUGCAUCGAUCGCGGUUGCACCGCCCCUUCAAGAAGUCGUAGCAGAUGUCCCGUCUGUGCCCUUCGCCCUCGUGCCUCCGCGUGUUCUCCCUCGGCUCUCGUCUGUCUCCGUACGGAUGAUGCCGCGACCCGCCGCCGCCGCCGAAAACGGAAACGUGUCGUAGUCGAAGUCGUCCCCGGGCUCGCCGUCGCCCGGCUGAUCCAGCGGCGUCCGCAAGCUCUCGCCGUCUAAGAAUGCCCCGGGCUUCUUGUGCUCGACCGCGGACAUCACCUUCAGCUCCGAGCCUCUGCGCCCGCGCCUCGACCCGAAGAUCGCGAGGAUCUCCUCGUCCCGCUUGGCGCCCGAGUCCUUCGGCUCGGCGAAGAACAUCAGAGUCCCCUCCUCCUCGACGUCCCUCAGCACCGCGCCGCCGCGUCCCAUGACGAACCCGACGCACUCGGUCGGGACGCGGACGAUCGACAGGUCGUCCCUGCGAAGGUUAGGGUCAAUCGCGACCGGGCCGACGCGCUGUUGGAGGAUGAACGCGACGUAGUCCUUGGCGCGGGUCACCGCGGCGGCGUCGCCGGAGAUGAACAGCUUGCCGCCCGAGCCUCUGCCCUCGUCGCGGAGGUCGAGCUUCGCGCCGGAGACGCGCGCGAUCUUGUUCUUCGUGGAGCCGCCCUGGUCGCGAGGGGAACGACGGCGGUGGUGUUCGAUGAGGGCGCGUUCGGGUCGGGGCGGGCGAGCGAACGAGAACGACGAACGAACGAAGGUGAACGCAAU